AUGGUGUUUUCAGAAGCCUUCAUGUGGUCGAUGUACAGUCAGUUGAUGAACGCCAUCGCGUUUCUUCAUGAAGGAAUCGAUGAUCAGCGUCGGAGAGGUCGUGAUGAGUGGAGGCCAAUCGUGCAUCGAGACGUCAAGUUCGAGAAUGUACUCGUAAAGAACUUAGGCUCCAAGGAUGACUGGCCAGACAUCGAGGUCAAGCUAGGCGACUUUGGAAUGGCUGGUUACUACGAUCCAAAAGAUCCUAAUCCUCGGGGGCAUAUUGGCACAACUCACUACUGGCCGCCGGAAGUCACUUGGGAGAAUAAGCGUCUGGGUCCAGCAAGUGAUGUAUGGGGUGCUGCAACCAUUAUACAUGGACUUGCUCAUAACUUUGGACCGCUCGUUGACCCCAAUGUCAUCGAGAAGAAAUGGUUUCUGCAGAAUGACAAAGCACCGUACUUGGAUUCCUGGCCGGGGAAUCUCAAGAAGAAGUACUGGUCAAGUAAAGCGCCGUGGAGACCUAUACCAAUCAAUAUCGAACCCAGUGCUCCAAUCUCGAUAUUGGCCGACGAAGAUCUUGGAUACGACAAACAAGCGCUCGUAUUCCGUCAAUGUAGACCAAGCCCAAAGUACUCUGAUGCCUUGAGUGACUGUAUGAUGGCAGGGUUAGCGAUGUCUCCAGAAGAACGACCAGAGUCUGGGCAAUUGUCAAGAGAAAUUGAGACAGCACAUGCAGACUUUCUGUUCCAAGAUUUGUGCUUGGCACACAAGCGCGAGACAAUCAAUGCAGAAUACGAGGAUAUAAGAGAAGACGUUACAGAGAGCGGCCACCAAUGGGAUACCGGAUUUUGCGAUAACGUGAUCGCUGUCGCUUCACCAACGACCCCUCGUCCAAAGAUGCUCGCCGCACAACGUUCAUAUGUCCUGGCCAUUGCCACUUUCCUGGUAGUGGCGACACUGUCGUUCUACGUGUUCCGCGACCAAGGCGCAUUAGUGGUUGAAAGAAUCACAAACCCGCCAAACCUAUCAUCGAAACCGUCCCUUCGAGACACAAUCAACACAUUGUUUGCCAGAAUAAAACACGAUCCAAGUGCUUCUGCAUACGUCGAUCCGUCAGGCACAUACUACAAAGGUGGAAACGAGACAGUCUGGACAAGACCCCUCGGCAAGAAAGUCUUGAUUGUGGAUAUCGACACGCGUGUGCCAACUGGUGAGAAUGAGCUUCUCAAUCCAGAACGCUUGGACUGGGAGAAUCUCAAGACGUCCGGAGCUGGUAUGGUGUCAAACUCUAUCAUGAAUCACUACCUGUAUGCCAUGGUCCAUGGAUAUGACUACAAAUUCUAUCAGGCGCGGGACAUGAAGGAUCAUUACAACACCUGGAUCUUACCCCAUGUUCUACGCGAAUUGAUACUUGAUUAUCAGUUUGUGGUCGUAAUGGAUGCCGACGUUACAGUCCCACACCUUGACGUUCCAUUCGAGUGGAUGUUCAACCGCUGGGGUAUCAAACAGCACACGUCCAUAGCUCUUCCGUGGGAUACCGAAGAAUUUCGCGACGAAGGAUCUAUCAGCAUAGAUAGCAAGGGGAUACGUGUCCUCAACACAGGUCUGGUUAUCGCGCAAAAUUCUUCUUUGACAUUGGAUUUGCUCGAAGCGUGGCGGGACUGCACGACUGAGAAACGCUACAAAGGCUGCGCCAAGUGGAAGACCGAAUGGAGCCAUGAACAGCGUGCAUUCUCAGAAUACAUUCGUUACGAUUUCAACAAGACGCCUGAAACGAUCGUUAGCAUACCCUGUGACGAUGCAGUAGGAUGGCCGGGCUUCCGCGAGGAUAUGCUAAAUCGACCCGGUACCAAAAAUCACGAUAUCUCCAAUUGCAACGGAAACUUCGUUCGGCACUACACAACCAUGGGGAAGAGUCGAGUCAAGGAUGCGAAUGCAGCCAGUGUGAUGCAGGUGUUGAGCGAAGCGCUCCAGAGGAGUAUUUUAGCAAACCCGGAAGAAGUGUGGUACAAGGAACCAGAGAGAAAGAUCGAAGAGCCAGUACCGAAAGAUCAACCAACAGAGGUGCGGGAAGAUGAGGAGAGUAAACUGGACACCGAUGUGGUUUUGAUAGAAAGAGAAGCAUGA